GAGACAGAGGGGCCCGCCAUCGGCCUCGACAUUGGCACCACCAACUCGGCGGUGGCAGUGCGGCGUGAGGACGGGCGGUUCCUGGUGGUACCUCCUCCAGGUGCCCCCCCGGGGCGGCCGACGAUGCCUUCCCUCGUGGCCUUCAACUUGAAAGGCAACUCUGUUGCAGGCCUCCCAGCCGCGCGGAUCCGAUCGGACGGCGUGAAGCAGGUGGUCUACCGCUCACUCAAGCGGCUUCUGGGCCGAACCUACGCCGAGGCCCAUGAAGUGGGAAUCAAGCCCAGCGCCCUUGGCGCCGAUCCCAACGGGAAGGCCAACGAGCUGGUACGUUUGCGUCUUCCAGGUGGUCAGCUCAUCCCAGUUGAGGAGGCAGUUGCGUUGCUGAUCAAGGCCCUUGUGUCUGUGGCGGAGCUCUACCUCAAGCAGCCUGUGAAGCGGGCCGUCCUAGGCGUUCCAGCGCGGUGGACCAAGAAUCAGCGGAUGGCGCUCGAGUAUGCUGCCAAGCUUGCAGGCCUCCAAUCUGUCCGGCUCAUCCCAGAGCCUGAGUUGGCUGUGCGGGCCUAUGGUGUCCGUUCCAGUCCCAACGCGCAGAUCAUCACAGGAGGCGGCAAUUUGGGUGCAAAACCUGUGGGUCUUGCGGGCAAUGUGGAGCUGGAUGAGCUCCAACAGCGAAUUGAGGAGGAUCCUUAUGCUGCUUCUCAAGACGAAUUGGAGAAGCAAAUGGUGAAUGAGAUGAAGCAGCAGGAUCCAACCUUGAAGCACAUUCUCGUCGCCGACCUUGGUGGGGGAACUUUCGAUGUCUGCAUUGUUCGGAGAUGGGUGGAGUGGGACGAGAUCCACAUGCUGUUCACGAGCGGGGACGAGCGAUUGGGCGGAGACGACUUCGACCGUGCCAUUGUGGAUUGGGUACUCAAAGAGCUCAAGCCAGAGCUGACCAAGCGACGGAGAUGGCCAGUGCCAGCUGGAGCUCGACAGCAGCUGCUGUUGCAAGCGCGGAAGGCCAAGGAGAGACUGUCCAGCAGCGACACUGCCGACAUCGUGCUUGACGAGCUGAAGGUGACGGUCACCAGGGACAGCUUCCGAGUUGUUUGCCUCCACGUGCUGCAGCGAAUGUUGCGACCCAUCAGAGAGGCCGCCUACGGGGCGAGCCUUCGACUGCCAUUCGAAAGCCUGGCGAUUGAGACCAUGGAUACUGCCCGCAAGGCGAAGAAGAGGAAGAUGAGCGAAAAGGACCUCCAAAAGAAGACACAGUCAUUGCGAGCCAAGCACAAGAAGACCGACGUGGAGGAUCGGGAGGAGAUCAUGGUGGACGAAAUCCUUCUGAUCGGCGCAGCAACCUGGACGCCAGCGGUGCGAGAGAUGCUAACACUCUGCACCGGGGUGCAACCAAGCAGCGCCGUCAUCGAUCCGGAGACGGCUGUGGCGCUUGGUGCCGUGAUUCUCGCAUCCAUCAUGGACAACCAAAUGGUUGACAUGCAGGUACACUCCAAUUGGCGCGCAGCCUGGACCCAGUACUUGCUCGACAGACCAGAACUGGUCGAGAAGCUGCAGGCCGAGAAGCAGCAGACGACGGUGUUGGCUGGUGACGCCCCCUAG